AUGCAGAGGAAAUCUUUCAUAGCCGCCUUUGUGCAAGCAUCUCCUCUAAGGACCUACAGUGCCUGCAAACACCUGCACAUACACAGCAGUGGCUAUGCCAUCACCAUUCGCAGUCACCUCUUGCUCAAUCCCACUACAGAGACUAAGAAAAACCAGAUGUUCCCCAAGCCUCCCUUGCAGCUAGAGGAGUCCAAUGACCUACUUGCUGUCUGCAGAGGUGGCAGCCAUCUCCUACUCAUCAUCACUGCCACCCUCAGACCUGUGGUAAAGCUCAACAUGGUUAAAAAGAGGACCAAGAAGUUCAUCCGGCACCAGACUAAUAUCGAAAUUAAGUGCAACUGGCACAAAUCCAGAGACAUUGACAAUAGGGUACACAGAAGACUCAAGGGCUACAUCUUGAUGCCCAGCAUUGGUUCCAGGAGCAACAAGAAAACAAAGCACAUGCUGCCUAAUUGUUUCCGGAAAUUCCAAGUCCACAAUAUCAAGGAGCUUGACAUACUGCUGAUGUGCAACAAAUCUUACUGUGCAGAGAUUAUUCGUAAGGUCUCUUAUAAGAACGCCAAAUCCAUUUUAGAAAGAGCAGCCCAGCUGGCCAGAGUCACCAAUCCCAACACCAAGCUGCACAGCAAAGAAAUUGGAUAG